CAUUCAACUUAUAUGUGUGUCAUAUAAAAAGAUAUAAAGUGAAUGUGUUCUACGUGACUUGAAAAUAGUACCCUGAUGAUCUUAAUUUCAACAUACAUGACAUACAAGAUAUUUUGCUGAGGAAUUCAUUUACAACAUUCAGAAAUCGGCUGAGGAAGCCGCAAUGGCGGAAGACGGAGAAGUGCUUGACAGUUGGGAAGAUCAAGAAGAUCAGGGCAUUUUGGACAAGCGUUUGAAUGAAAUGAAAGUUAAAGCUCCCAAAACAGCCACUGCCUCAGUUUUGGCAGCUGGGAUGAGGGAAGAGACUGCUAGGACUGAGUACCAGCCUCAAGUCCGGAUACUGAAAAGGGACACAGUGUCUCCCAAAACUGUGAAUGCAGCUAACAGCAAUCAGGCAGCAAAACCAAUGAAAACUCUGGAACAGCGUGAAGCUGAGUAUGCUCAGGCAAGACUAAGGAUCUUUGGAAGUUUGGAGGAGCCAUCGGCUAGUGAUGUGGAGGCAUUACAGGGAGAUGAGAGACCUGCCGGAUUGGUCCAGAAGUUUGAUGUGUCCCCUGCCGACAAUGCAGUUUCUCGUCAGCCGAAGGGGCCGGAUGGCACCCCUGGAUUUAAUCUUGAAAGAUAACAUCUUAAAAGAGAUUUGGUCAACUCCUAACAACAGCAGUCAUUUGAACUAGAUACCAAUGCAUAACAUAUCAGGUCCAGUCAUCAAGGGAGACAAAUAUUGAUUUUAACCCAAUUUGAAAAAUCACUAAUAUGAUAGAUAUUUUAUGAAUGUUUAUUUUAUUAUCAAUGAAUGUAGGUUGAAUGAUAUGAAAGCAAACAAAUAAGAGCAGCUACUUAUCAUUCUCCCUCACUCCCAUAUUGUCUACUGGAUCAUGUUAUGGUAAUAGAUUUCAAAAUCCCCAAACAGUCCACGUCUGGUUCUGACUGCUGGAACAAUGUGACUUCAGUCCCAAAAGUCAUAAGAUAUGAUCGGCCAUGACCGUCAUACAGAAAAGAAGCAUCCCCAGCUCCCAGCCGGAUAAAUCUGCAUGACCUUCAAAUGGAGAGGUCAAGGUCAGCUUGGUGUCUGCUUGCUUUUGCUCGCCUGCAGCUUGGAGAAGAGGCAGUGGUGAAAAAAUGACCUAACAUUCAUUGAAUGGAUGUGAUUUUAAUCGUGAAAGCAAUAGAUUUCAAAAUGUUGGAAUCUUUACUUUUUGUCCUAUUGGUGCUUGAGUUUUAUUUUUUUAAAUGAUUAAGUGUGGAUAUUCAAGAACUACAAUCUCUUUCAAAAUGUUACUGUUUUAGCUUUUUGACUUAUUUUAAGAUUUCUGUCCAAAGGAACUCGAUAUCAAUUGUGAAAAGAGACCGUAUAUGCAUGUCCUAUUUACAAGAGAUAAUUCAGCCAUAACAAAAUAAAUAACAUUUAAAAUUUAAUAUCAUGUUUGUUUGUCAAUGUUAAUAUUGACAUGGAAAUUAUUUAAAUUCUCAGCUCUCAAAUACUUUUUAAUAACAUAGUGAAUAUAUUAAGAACAGAUAUUGUUACUUCCUGAAGCAUUAUUUUAACAUGGUGAUGAAGCUGAUUGACUAGAUCUUUGGCUUGACUCAUUGAGAUCUGAUAUCUUACGCCAAUACAAUUCAUCUCUGCAGACAAACAAACAGACAUAAACAC